AUGGAGACAAUGGAGUAUGGAGUGAAUACGGAGUACGAGUACGAGUCUACUCAGGAAAACGAAAACGCGGAGAACGUGGAGAGCAUGGAGGUUUGGUACAUUCUCGACCAGAAUCUGCACAGGUUUUACAUCUUUGAACAUGAGCGCGUCCACGACCUGGCCAAGCGCGCCAUUGCACAGCACGGCAACAACACCAGGGCCAUAGCCGAGUACAUCGUUACCGAGCUCAAUGAAGUGGCCCCCGGUAGGAUAAACUUGGAUGAGGAAUGGGUUUUCAACAACGCUGGUGGUGCAAUGGGUGCCAUGUGGAUUCUUCACGCCAGCAUCACCGAGUAUCUCAUCAUCUUCGGCACUGCUGUCGGCACCGAGGGGCACAGUGGCCGCCAUCCUGCUGACAACUACUUUAACAUCUUGACCGGUACCGAACUCGCGUACGUACCGGGACAGUACGAACCCGAGGUCUACCCACCUGGGAGCGUCCACUACCUUAAACGGGGCAGUGUCAAGCAGUAUAAGAUGCCAGAGGGUUGUUUCGCUUUGGAGUAUAUGCGAGGCUGGAUUCCGCUCACGCUGUUCUUUGGCUUCGCCGAUACCUUUUCCAGCGUCCUUGAUUUCGAAACCUUGUGGAGGACUUCAUGGAUUACCGGGCGACAGAUCAUUGGGAACCUUGUCCGUGGAAAAUUCUGA